AUGGGCGCAAUAUGGAGUCGUCCGGCAGAUAUGCCAGCUUUAACAGCACCAGAUCUAGUUGAUGAGUCCUUUGAAAAUACUACUGUUGAUGCCAAAGAUCCAGAUGAGUUCGACAGAUAUUUGGCCAGUAUACGCGAACGGCGGCAUGAUGCUCUUGCAUCGAUUAAAACUGAGAUGAAUCGAUUGAGAGAGUAUAAAGAAGAACUGGAAAUGGUGAGAAAAGAAAAAGACGGAUUGGAACAACAGGUCAAAGCCCUAAAACAAGUAGCGAACAUCAGCAAUGAUAUGUUGAAAAUCAGAGAAGCACAGGUGACUGACUUAAAAAAACGAUUGCAAGAAAUGGAAUCACACGCGGAUGAAUGUUUAGCUGAUUUGCGAGUGGAGUACCAAAAGCAAAUCGACAAUAUCAGGAAUUUACGCCGGCUUUACGAAGAAAGGGCAGAAGCAGCAGCUAUGGGCCAUGAAAGGGAAAUUAAUAAAGAGCGAGCCAAAAACUCUUUACUAGAAGCAAAAUUGGCAGAAGAACUUAACAGUAAGCAAGGUAUGAAUGACUUCAUAGCAAAACUUGAAACAGAUGUUCAAGGUAAGCAAAUCGAAUAUGAACAAAUGAAAGCAAAAUACAUGACUACAUCAGCAGACAGGAUGAGUCUUGCAUCACAAAUGGCUUUAGUUAAUAAUUUAUUCUCUACAUUAUUAUCUGGCGAUGAAGGACCGGACUUUGAUAGAUUUGCUCGGAUGCUAGAGGAAAAUAGAGAGUUGAUAUCUGACUUGACGUUCAACGGGGACAUUAAUGAAACGGCUUCUGUGUUAAUGGAUAUUGCUGGUGAUACAUUGGAGCGUUCUGAAGAAGUAGAAUGUACUUCAAACCGGGAAAAAAUUGCCUCAAAUCUACCAAAAGUUUGGAGGAUACUCGUUGAAUUGUUGGGUCACUAUGACAAUAAAACGGCAAAUGAGUCUAAGCCAGACGAUCCAAAUGAAUCUAGGGUAGCUUCAGUGAGUAGAACAUUUUUGAAGCUUAAAGACCUUAUCCUUGAAAAAAAUUCUUUGGUGAAAGAUAUCGGUAGAUUGAAGACUCUCAAUGACCAUUUGGAAUCUAGACUUGAUCAUCAGCAACAAAGGCUUUCAACUGUAUCCGCAGAACUGUGUAAGGCCUGGAGUUCUGUAGCCAAGCUUAAUGCUCAACAUAGAAAACUUCAUACUCAUGAAAAGAUUCUAAGGUACGAAUUACAACAUAAGAGAACUGUACUGACUGAACUUAAACAGGAGUUAGAGUAUUGUAGGGAGAAAUGGGAUCAAGCCCGAUUGAAGAAUACUCAAUCUCAGGAAGAUUGGCAGUCGUUACGAGAAGAAUUUGCUCGGAGAAAAUGUAGUACAUCAGUUGAGAGUGGGUUCGAAGACGAUGAGAGCCGAGUGGCCAUUGCCGAUAGUGGAGCUUGUAGCGAUGAUGAUGAGACCUGGUUGAAAACCUUAUCUUUGGACUCCUCAGAAACAGAAACAGUAGAUGAACCCCAGUCAGAAACUGAAACAACUGGGAUUAAAAGAUUAGAGAAACAGAGUAGAUCGUUGCUCAAUCAAAUGGUACGUACUUCUCGAACCAGUGACUCUAUAAGUGAGCGGCUAGAAGAAUUACAAAGGCAAUACGGACGGUCUGGACGACCAACCACAUCGGAGAGUGAAGAUUCUUCGGAAGUUUUAGUUGAAAUACCAGGAACCAGUACUUCAACACCGAUAACUUUACAACUUGAAGAAGAAAAUAUAUUACAAACUGAUGAAAUAGUUUUAAGAACCGAAGAAGAAGCAGAAGAUAGAUUGCAACAAGAUACAGCUUUAUUACGGCCUGACGAGGAGGAAAGACUACAGCGAAGAGCUGCUAGAUUAAAAAGAUUGGAAGAACAAUGUUUGGGAUUAUUCAGACAAGUAAGCGAGACUAAUGCCAGGAGUGAUAUGAUAUCUGGUCGACUGGAUGAGGUGCAUGCUAGACAGGUAGCUAGAUCCAUUGAUCGGCAGACAACAUCAAAUAUUACUCCUCAUCCCGAUGAGACAUCUGAAACGACUGAAACGACUGAAACGACUGAAAGUGUAUGA